AUGGAUCAGUUUUUAUUUACUAUAAAAUCAGCAAUCAAUUAACUUGAACUUAAGCAGCCUCGGUAUGCCCCAAUUUAUUAUAUUCUUACUGGUUCGCUAAUGUUUUCAAUAAAUUCAAUGUUUAGUAAAAUGAUAUCACAUAUUCCUUCACCUUAAAUUGUAUUUUAUGGAGCUAUGAUUAUGUGUUUGAUCAACUUUGCAGUAACCAGCACUUAAAACAUAAGACUUUAUGGCUUUGCGCUAGAUAUAUAUAAAAAAUUAUUUAUGAGAAGCAUAUUUGGAUAUUUUGGAACUAUUUGUUUCUAUAAAGGGAUUAUGUAGGUUAGUGUGUCAGAAGGUCAAGUCCUUAUUAGAACUUCUCCUCUUUGA